AUGGUUCUCCGAACACUGGAUAAAUCUGAUUUUCGUCUGAAAAUUGAUGGAAAAUGGAUUUUAAUUACAACAUCUUUUUUAGAAAAUCAUCCUGGUGGAUCAGCUAUUUUAACUUAUAAAAAUAGAGAUGCAUCAACUGUUUUUCAUACUUUUCAUGGAGGAUCAAAAAUUGCUUACAAACAAUUAGAAGAAUUGAAAAAAACAUCAUUAGUUGAUGGUCCUGAAGAAGAACCUGAGGCAAUUUUAACAUAUCUUGAUAAAAUUAAUAUUGGUGAAUUUAACAUAACAGAAGAAAAAUGUAAUGAAAUAAAUAAAAAUUUUAAUCGUUUUCGCAUGGAUGUACGAAGAGCGGGUUAUUUUAAUGCUAACAAUUUAUUUUUUAUUAGAAAAUUUUUUGAAGCAAUUGGAAUUAUUUUGAUGGGUUAUUUUUUACAAUCUAAAGAAUGGUACAUUUUAUCAGCUUUAUGUAUGGGAUUAGCAUGGCAACAACUUGGAUGGAUGAUCCAUGAAUAUGCUCAUAAUCAACAUUUUAAAAAUCAUUGGUAUAAUGAUAUAUUAUCUUAUAUUGUUGGUAAUUUUUUACAAGGUUUUUCAUCUGGUGGUUGGAAAGAACAACAUAAUAUUCAUCAUGCUGCAACAAAUAUUGUUGGUAGAGAUGGUGAUUUAGAUUUAUUACCAUUUUGGGCUACUGUUGCUAGUGAUCUUAAAGUUAUAGAUUUAAAUCAUUGGACAGCAUUAUUAUUACCAUAUCAACAUAUAUAUUGGAGUAUAGGAUUACCAUUUUUAAGAUUAAGUUGGCUUUUACAAUCAAUUCAAUUUGUUGUAGCUAUGCCAAAUCAUUUUUAUAAAUGUAAUAGAGAAAAAGCUAUAUAUGAACAAAUAGGUUUAUUAGGACAUUGGAUUAUGACAUUUAUUCAAUUAUAUUACCUUCCAAAUUGGGAAAUUCGUGUAAUGUUUUUCUUUGUAUCUCAAUUAUUUGGUGGAUUUUUAUUAGCACAUGUUGUUACAUAUAAUCAUUACUCAACAGAUAAAUUUAACUUUGGUGAUAGAAUUCUUGAGACAUAUGCUUGUCUACAACUUUAUACAACUAGAAAUAUGCGUCCAGGAUUAUUUAUAGAUUGGUUAUGGGGUGGAUUAAAUUAUCAAAUAGAACAUCAUUUAUUCCCAACAAUGCCUCGUCAUAAUUUAAGUAAGGUAAUGCCACUUGUUAAAAAAUUUUGUAAAGAAAAUGAUUUACCAUAUAUGGUUGAUGAUUAUUAUACUGGUUGGAAAAAAGAAAUUGAACAAAUGAGAAAUGUAGCUGUUGUUGCAAAAAAAAUGCUUAAAAAAUUUGUUUAA